AUGGCUCCAAAGAAGAAAGAUUCUACAAAGUCCCGCGCCAAUCUUAUUGAUGAUGAAGCUUUGGAGUGGCUGAAACCACGCGUGCUCAUCAAACCCGAAGAUCAAGAAAACGUACCAGAGGCAGAGCUUGAAGAAGAAAUCGGUCGAGUACUAACAACAAUUAAUCCACAAUGGGUGCCGGACGAAGUAGCUUUUCACUAUGGCCAGGGUCGAUUUGUAGCUAAAUCAAAACCCACAUUCGGCAAAGCUUAUCCUCUCUACGUUUAUCAAGGCACAGCUAUCCGCAAGGACUCAGACGAAGCUAAAGCGCAAAUAGCUGCAGGUUAUGGUAUGGUCGGAUUCGAUGAUGCUGGACCGAAACGUGCGAAGGUAAAAAAAUCUGCUGCAGCGGAAGAAGAAGAAGAAGAAGAACCUGAAGCUGAACAAACACCGGCUGAAGAAGCUAGAGCUGAAGAAGAAGCACUCGGCGAAGAGGAAAAAUAUGAAGAAAGGGAACCAUCUGUAGAACCCACAGAGGCACCUUCAGUAACUGAAACGGAAGUAGGCGCAGAAAAUGCCGAGGAAGCUGAGCCAGAAGAGAUAGUACCUGAACAAGCCGAUGAUUAUGACGAGGAAGUGCUUAAUAUAAAACCACGUGUCAAGAAGCUAGCUAAUCAAUUCAACUUCUGUGAACGUGCUGCUCUCACAUAUAUCUACCCCCGCCGAUCCGUAGAAACACAAACUGUCCCACCACCGAGAGCCAACUACGGUUCAACUGCUCUUCAAUGCAUUAUAUUUGACUACUAUCAAGAGGACUAUGCUAAAAAAAUGCGUGAGAAAGAGGAAGAAAAACCAAAAAGGCUUCGCAAGAAAACGACGAAACGCGCAAAAUCUGCGCAGCAAAUACACGAAGAACAACUGGCACAGCGCAUCCGUGAGGCCUGGGCUAUAUUAGAACGCCUAGUCAAUCAAAAUAUUUACGACGACAUCGCGCAGGACUACCGUUAUUGGGACGACCCUUCGGACGAGUUCCGUGAGGGAAUGGGCUCACUGCUGCCGCUGUGGAAGUUCCAGUUCGAACCGAUGCGAAGCCACGCCGUCUGCGACCUGCAAUGGAAUCCGCACUACCAAGACCUAUUUGCUGUAGCUUAUGGAUCACUUGACUUCACACAACAGCAGAAGCAAGGUUGUCUGUGCUUAUAUAGCAUAAAAAAUCCAGCAUACCCCGAGUACUCAGUCAUAACUGAAUCUCCAAUUAUAUGUCUUGAUGUAUACAAAGAAACACCGUAUCUGGUCCGCUGGGGAGCGCGACUCAUCGACGGCGAGGCAUCGUUCUUCUCGGUGUCGGGUGACGGUCGCGUGGUGCAGUGGGCGGUAAUGCCGGGCGAGCUACAAGCCACCACUAUCAUCGCAUUGCGCUCCUCCGCUGCGCCCAUAGCCGGCCCAGACGGCACGCUUAUCAACGUCAACAGCUGUGGCAGCUGCAUAUGCUUCCAUCCGGAAAAAUCAGACAUAUUCCUCGUGGGGACUGAGGACGGCGCAAUACACACGUGUUCAUUGAAGUACAACCGGAGCUAUGUGCGCUCGUGUCAAGCGCAUCACAUGCCCGUCUACCGUAUCAACUACAACUAUUUUAACAACUCGAUUUAUGCAUCUUGCUCCGGUGAUUGGCGAGUGAAAAUAUGGGAAGACGGACGAGACGAUCCACUUUUCAUGUUCGAGCUGGGCUCACCUGUGGGCGACGUAAAAUGGGCACCAUACUCCAGCACUGUAUUUGCCGCCUGUACUGCAGAUGGAAAGAAAUACAGACCGGAGUGGGAAAAUAUGGACGAAUUUAAAGGUUGGCUAAAAUCGGCAAGUGGAGACACGAGCAAAGCAUUUUGUACAUAUUGUUCUACGGAGAUUCUUGCUAAACUGUUUGAAUUAAAGAAGCAUGCUGAGAUCAAAAAGCAUAAACAGAAAGUAGAGUUCAAAACAGGCAAUAAAGAAAUUCCUUUCAAAGUUGUACCAAAAGACCAUUUAUUUAGAUCUUGCGAUGAAUCUGAAGGCGCAUUGACCUUAUUUAUUGCCGAGCACUGUUCUAUAUUAAGUGUUGACCAUUUAGGUAAACUAUGCAUAAUGUGUUUCAAAGACUCCAAAGCUAGACAGGAGCUUAAAUUGCAUCGCACUAAAUGUACAGAAAUAAAGAAAAAUGUGCUGAUGCCGCACUUUCGCAAGGAGCUCUUAGAUUAUAUUGGAAACCAAAAGUUCAGCAUUAUAAUGGACACCUUGGUCUUGUAA